AUGCUGGGAAAGAAGAUCGUCUUGGGCGCAUUCGCAACCAUCCUCUCAUUCGUCGCAACCGUCGCUGCCGACAGCGUCCUCGCCCUCACCCCCAAGGACUUUGACAAGGCACGUUUCCGUUUCUUCACUCUACCCUUGGAUCCACUCCUGCCCUUGUCGAGUUCUACGCUCCCUGGUGCGGACACUGCAAGCUCAGGAACCAGAUUGGAUAUCAUUACGAUUGCGACCAAUGGUCCCCCCCCCUUUACCUGGGGCUUGCGUUUGAACAUCUACGAGGAACUUGGACAGGCUUUCAGCGGCAAGGAAGAGCAGGUCUUGAUCGCCAAGGUCGAUGCUGAUGCUCACCGUGAGCUCGGAUCCCGCUACGACGUCAAGGGUUUCCCCACCCUCAAGUGGUUCCCCAAGGGUGUCAACGGCGACCCCGAGGAUUACUCUGGUGGACGUGACCUUGACUCCUUGACUGCCUUUGUCACCAAGAAGUCUGGUGUCAAGUCGUCGAUCGUCAAGGUUAUCCCCUCUGUUACCGUUUUGACUGAUGCCACCUUUGAUUCUGAGGUCUUGGCCAGCGGAAAGAACGUCCUUGUUGAGUUUUAUGCCCCUUGGUGCGGACACUGCAAGAACUUGGCCCCUACUUAUGAGAAGGUUGCUGAGGAUUUCCUUAACGACAAGAAGACUGUUACCAUUGCCAACCUCGAUGCCACUGUCGACACUGCCUCUGCUGAGAAGUACGGCGUCAAGGGUUUCCCCACCAUCAAGUUCUUUGCUGCCGACGGCACUGUCGAGGACUACAACGGAGGGCGCUCCGAGCAGGACUUUAUCGACUUUAUCAACAAGAAGGCUGGCACUCAGCGUGUUGCUGGAGGCUCCUUGAAUGCCGAGGCUGGUCGUAUUGCCGAGUUGGACACUCUUGCCGAGAAGUUCUCCAAGGCCUCGUCCAAGGAUGAGAAGAAGGCCAUCAGCGACGAGGCCAUUACCCUUGCUGCCUCGUUGGCCAGCACCAACUCGAGCGCCAAGUACUACACCCGCUUCUUUGAGAAGACCCUUGCCACGCCUGCCUACCCCGUCACCGAGGCUGCUCGUCUUGCCAAGAUCAUCAAGAACAAGUCUGUCAACCGUGCUCGUUUGGAUGAGUUCUCGAUCCGCCACAACAUUAUCUCGGCCUUCUCCUCGGCCCCUGCCGCGAAGGAUGAGCUGUAA